AUGGGAGUAGGAGGUGAGAGAGUCAGUGGUGUGGUGCUGCACCAGGGAUUGAGUUUGACUCGCUACUGUUCUCGCUCUGUCUGCCGCAAUUUGGUGGAGGUGGUGGGUGUUAAUGUUGGUGGUUCUGUUCCUGUGCCUUUGCCGCCUUCGAGACGUUUCUUCGCCUGGCACUUUUUCUCCCCCGCCAUCACCAACACCUUUUCAACUACCCCCCUCUUCUUCCGCCGCCACAACAGCACUCUCCCACGAUCACAGGCGGCUUUCAAUAUGACUUCGACGCAAAUGGUAGAGCAGCCAGAAUGGCCUGCUUUGCGAGUGCGAAAUGCGUUCUUGGAUUUUUUCAAAGAUAACGGCCAUACCUUCGUGCCCUCGUCUUCUGUCGUACCCCUCUCAGACCCUACUUUACUAUUCGCAAAUGCGGGAAUGAACCAGUACAAGGCCAUCUUCCUAGGCACCGUUGAACCGAAUUCAGACUUUGCGCAGCUGAAACGUGCGCAUAACACGCAGAAGUGUAUACGUGCCGGUGGAAAACAUAAUGACCUCGACGAUGUUGGGAAAGAUAGCUAUCACCAUACUUUCUUUGAAAUGCUGGGAAACUGGAGUUUCGGGGACUACUUCAAGAAAGAAGCUAUUCGUUACUCAUGGGACCUUCUCACCAAAGUCUACGGCCUCGACCCUGAUCGGCUAUACGUGACAUACUUCGAGGGAAAUCCAGAUGCAGGCAUUGAACCAGAUUUGGAAGCCAGGGAUCUAUGGUUGUCCGUCGGCGUUGCAGAGGAUCACCUCCUUUCAGGCAACAUGAAAGAUAAUUUCUGGGAGAUGGGAGAACAAGGCCCAUGCGGACCCUGCAGUGAGAUCCAUUACGAUAGGAUUGGAGGCCGCAAUGCCUCCCACCUCGUGAACCAAGACGACCCCAAUGUGCUGGAAAUCUGGAAUAACGUUUUCAUUCAAUACAAUCGCGAACAGGACAAGUCGCUACGACCUUUACCCAACAAGCACGUCGAUACUGGAAUGGGCUACGAACGACUUGUUUCGAUUCUCCAGAACAAAUCGUCAAACUACGACACGGAUGUCUUCACCCCCCUGUUCGAGAAGAUCCGCGAGAUCACAGGCUCCCGUCCAUAUACUGGAAAAUUCCAUGAAGAGGACGUUGACGGAGUCGAUACUGCUUACCGCGUUGUUGCUGACCAUAUUAGGACAUUAACCUUUGCGAUAUCCGAUGGGGCUGUGCCAAACAACGAGGGUCGAGGCUAUGUGGUACGACGAGUUCUCCGUAGAGGUGCUCGGUAUGCGCGCAAGUAUCUGAACGUUGAAAUCGGCGGGUUCUUCUCGCAAAUCGUACCUACACUAGUUGAGCAGAUGGGUGAUAUGUUCCCUGAAAUCAAACGAAAGGCAACGGACGUGAUGGAAAUUCUGGAUGAGGAGGAAAUUUCUUUCGCGAAGACACUCGACCGUGGAGAGCGCCUCUUUGAAGAAUAUGCCCUCCAGGCUAAACAAAAGGGCCUGGACAGAUUACAUGGAGCAGAUGUGUGGAGACUCUACGAUACGUUUGGUUUCCCUGUGGAUCUGACCCAGCUCAUGGCUGAAGAGCGAGGCUUGAAAAUUGAUAACGGUGAAUUCGAAGAAGCCCGGCUAAGGGCUAAGGAGGCAAGCAAGGGUCAGGGAAAGCAAACAAAGGAUGUUGUCAAACUUACUGUCCAUGACCUCGGCCUCCUUGAGACCAUGGAUGACGUUCCCAAGACGGACGACAGUGCGAAGUUUGGCAGAGGCAACAUCACCUCCCAGAUCAAAGCCAUCUACCAUAACAAGAAGUUUGUUGAUUCCUCAAAGGAUAUUCCAGAGGGCGAACAAUUCGGUAUUAUCCUUGACCGCACCAACUUCUACGCAGAACAGGGUGGCCAGGAAUAUGAUACUGGAAAGAUAAUCAUCGACGGCAAGGCAGAACUUGCUGUUGAGGACGUUCAAGUAUAUGGAGGAUACGUACUUCACACUGGCUUUAUGAAGUAUGGUUCCUUUAACAUAAACGACUCUGUGAUCGCAGAAUAUGACGAGCUCCGAAGAUGGCCUAUCAGAAACAACCACACGGGAACUCAUAUCCUCAAUUUUGCCCUCCGCAAAGUUCUAGGCGACGGUGUGGAACAAAAGGGUUCCCUCGUUGCCGCUGAAAAGCUUCGUUUCGACUUCUCCCACAAAUCCGCCGUCUCAGACUCCGACCUCGAGGAAAUUGAAAGGAUAUCCACUGACUACAUCCGCCAAAACUGCGCCGUCUACGGUAAGGAUGUCCCCCUCUCUAUCGCACGUGAAAUCACAGGUGUGCGCGCCGUCUUCGGUGAAACAUAUCCAGAUCCCGUCCGUGUCGUCUCCGUCGGUGUCGAGCUCGAAGAGAUCCUCAAAGAUGUCCACGACCCGCGCUGGAAGGAAAUCAGCAUCGAAUUCUGCGGCGGCACACAUGUGCAGAAGACGGGAGAUAUCAAAGAUCUCGUCAUUCUCGAAGAGAGCGGGAUUGCCAAGGGCAUCAGACGCAUUAUUGCUGUGACGGGCGAAGAAGCACACGAGGUACAGCGGAUCGCUAAGGAAUUCGGCGAGCGUCUGAAGCGUUUCGAGAAGAUGGAGCUGGGCCCUAAGAAGGAGAUGGAGGCCAAGUUACUACAGGUGGAUCUGAAUCAGCUGACGAUAUCAGCUGUUGAGAAGGCACAGUUCCGCGAGAAGUUCACGCAGAUCCACAAGAAGGUGUUGGAGGGCCAGAAGGCGGCGCAGAAACUAGAAUCGAAGAAGGCACUCGAUGCGAUUAUGGGGUAUUUCCAGGCCCCUGAGAAUAAGGAUGCACCCCAUCUUGUGCUGCAGCUGCCCAUCUCGGCGAAUGCCAAGGCAGUUAGCGAUUCGUUGAAUUUUGUCAAGACAAAGAUGCAGGAUAAGUCGCUUUAUGUGUUUGCGGCGGAUAAGGAGGCUGGGAAGAUUGUACAUGGAUGUCAUGUUGCAGAGAACCUAAGCCAACAAGGCGCAUCUCCGAACGAUUGGGCCAAUUCCGUGGCCAACGUUGUUGGCGGACGCGCUGGAGGCAAGGGGCCCAUCUCCAUUGGAAAUGGGACGGACGCUGAGAAGCUUGAUGAUGCUAUAAAGGCUGCUACAGAGUACCUGGAGAAGUUUAAGCUUUGA